GGAGCCCGGCGCGGCCCCGCCGCCCCCUCCAGCACAGGCACCAGCAGCGAGAGCAGCGGGGCGGACAGCGCGACCGGCCUCGAUAUCGGGUAAUGGAGUCCAACUGCCGCAAACUUGUCUCCGCCUGUGUUCAGCUAGGCGCGCACGUAGACUUCGGCGUCCUUCUGCCGAUGAACUGCAUGAAGGACCCGUUAAACCUGGAGCGCCUGGGAGCCGGGAAUAAGCUGUGCUCCUCCUCACCUUCCUCCUCCUCCUCCUCCUCCUCCUCCUCCUCUUCAUCAUCUUGCCACCACCAUCAGCCCGCGCUGGCCAUGGCGACGGCGCUGGCGCCGGGGCAGGGGCGCUCCUCCCUGGAGUCCGCCAAGCACCGGCUGGAGGUGCACACCAUCUCCGACACCUCCAGCCCCGAGGCCGCAGAGAAAGAUAAGAGUCAACAGAGCAAGAACGAGGAUGCGGGGCCUGAGGACCCCUCCAAAAAGAAGAGGCAGCGACGGCAACGGACUCACUUCACCAGCCAGCAGUUGCAGGAGCUGGAGGCCACCUUCCAGAGGAAUCGCUACCCGGACAUGUCCACCCGGGAGGAGAUCGCCGUUUGGACCAACCUUACCGAGGCCAGGGUUAGGGUUUGGUUCAAGAACCGCAGAGCCAAAUGGAGAAAGAGAGAAAGGAACCAGCAAGCCGAGCUAUGCAAAAACGGCUUUGGUCCACAGUUUAACGGCCUCAUGCAGCCCUAUGAUGACAUGUACCCUGGCUACUCGUACAACAACUGGGCGGCCAAGGGCCUGACCUCCGCUUCCCUCUCCACCAAAAGCUUUCCUUUCUUCAACUCCAUGAAUGUCAACCCUCUGUCUUCUCAGAGCAUGUUCUCCCCUCCAAACUCCAUCUCCUCCAUGAGUAUGUCUUCAAGCAUGGUACCCUCUGCAGUCACCGGGGUCCCUGGCUCCAGCCUCAACAGCCUGAAUAACUUGAACAACUUGAGCAAUCCCUCCCUGAAUUCUGCAGUGCCAACGCCAGCCUGUCCUUAUGCUCCUCCAACGCCUCCGUAUGUUUAUAGGGACACAUGUAACUCGAGCUUGGCGAGUCUGAGACUUAAAGCCAAGCAGCACUCCAGUUUUGGCUAUGCCAGUGUGCAGAACCCCGCUUCCAACCUGAGUGCUUGCCAGUACGCAGUGGACAGACCCGUGUGAAACAUUCAAGUAGGAAACACUGCAUGGGAAUCCCUUCCCAUUUCCCGCAGAGACUGAGAAUUUCACUAGAAAGUAAUGGGCACUAGAGAGAAAGAGAAAGGAAGAAAAAUCAGACAGAGUCAGAGAGAGAGGAAGAGACAGAGAAAGAG